AUAGCAGCCACACGCGUGUGUCUACGACACUUCAGGUGCCCUAUGCGAUAUUGGAAGGGAUGGGACUAUGAAAGCAAUUUGCUCGAGCCUCCAGUAUUUCCUCUGUUUUCACGCUAAUGCUCCUGCCUGCUCUAGGAGGAUUGAAGUAGGCGGCUUGUGUUUUACCUCGCCCAUGGCUCUGUGUAAAAGCGACUACCAGAGCUCACCGCUGCAAUAACAUAGCUGUUUAUAAUUAGCUGCUUGGAGUUGGGAAGGCGUCACGCCCAACUAAAAAUGUCUGGGCAGUAAGAAAAUUGGUUGACUGUGAAAACAUCUGCCUGACACUCGGUUGCAAAGCGUGAACGGCGGUUGGUGGAAGCAAGUGAAGUCGAGCAUCUCUUUAUCAUGGACAAGUAGCCUAGAGGUUUUGGUAGAAGGCUAUCUUUAAAUGGCACCUUAUGUUAUAAAAUAGGGAAGAUACGAAGUAAUCGCAUAGUAGUUUAACAUUAGCGUACACAUUUAGUCGUUGCUCGAAAGGGGUUAGUUUUGGUUUUCAACAGAGCAAACGGAUUCUUCACUGUGUCGGUAAAAGAAGUCAAAGUAUGUGUUUUUUCCUUAUUCAAAUGCUUUUGCAAAUGGGAUUUGUUUUCGGAUCCAAUUAUGGGUAUGUAGAAUGGUCGGAUAACGACAAAGACGCAGAAAUACGAGGAAAGAACCCUUCUAUUUUCAGCACUCAAAAUAUCAACAAGGAAUCACUGCACCAUCCAACUUAUAACCCAGGAUCCGCCACGGAGCGCACGGUGGUGGCGCACAAAAUCGAGGAGGACCUGCCUAGAGUGGUGACAGCUUUCCUGCACACUGGAGACUCUUCGGCUCUUGAACAAGUCAACUGUUCUCGGAGGUAUGAGUUGAGUAGCCUCCGCGGUGGAACCAAUGUGGCCUCUCAUUAUUCUCUCCAUAGCGUGCUGGACACUAUAGCGCACGCGACCAACUUCCUGAACAUGAUUUUACAAGCCAACAGGUCGCGAGAGUACAGCCUUCGGAGGGAUAUUCACUGGUACCACGCGCUGGUUCGGAGUAUUCUUGAAGGGGACCCCAAAAUUCACAAGGCAGUGGUUACAUUCCAUAAUGAUGCUCCAACACCGGGUCCUCACGUUUUCCUUCAAGCGACAAGAACUGACAGGGAAGUGGUCCUCCAGGACCUUUCCAACUCUGCUCACCACCGUCUCAAGAGCAGGAGCCCGGAUUCUGAGUGGUUUAACGAGUUCAGGGACCGAAAGAAAAUGCACAGUCAGAGAAGGGCGUCAGGCAGAGACGCCACAGCCACUCAAAAUAGCUACAUUCUGGACAAAAGUCAAAUCAAGUGGUCUGCGCCUUACCUGGAAUGCGAGCAUGGGAAUUUCGUACCACACUGGUUACUCACCUUGUCUGCGGGGUUCUAUGGGUUGAAGACAAAUUCCGCACCCGAGUUCAGGGGUGUGGUCCGAGUGGAUGUCAACCUACAGGAUGUGGACAUUGACCAGUGCUCCAGCAGUGGCUGGUUUGCUGGAACUCAUCGAUGUAACGUGACCAGCAUGGAAUGCACUCCCAUUGUCGGCCAUGGAUUCGUGCUGGACAAGUACAAGUGCCAAUGCAGGAGAGGCUUCUACCACCCAAGCAGAGUGGCACUCAACGGUUUCACAAGGAAAGAGAGCAAUGGUCACGCUCACAGCGAGGACCCCUCAGAGGUGUCCAGUAAGUGCCUGCCGUGCCGUGAGGGCUGCCCCUACUGCCGGGGCGACACACCCUGCCUGGCUCAGGAAGACGGGGCCCUCCGGCUUUCUGUAGCCUCCUUCCAGGGCCUUUGCAUGCUGCUGGACUUAGUGGCCAUGGUGCUGGUCUACCACUUCCGCAGGAACAAGAGGAUCCGAGCAUCUGGUCUUAUCCUCCUGGAAGCCAUCUUGUUUGGAGCCUUGCUUCUCUACUCUACCGUGAUGAUACUGUACUUCAACCCCAGCAUGUUCCGCUGUAUCCUCCUGAGAUGGGUGCGUCUCCUGGGCUUUGCCACAGCCUAUGGAACAGUGAUCCUGAAGCUUUAUAGGGUGCUGAAGGUGUUCCUGUCCCGUACAGCCCAAAGGACCCCAUACAUGACCAGCUGGCGGGUGCUGCGUCUGCUGGGGGUCAUCUUGCUAGUGGUGCUGUGGUUCCUGGUGGCCUGGACCUCGGCCGUGUGUCAGACACCUGACCUGACGUUGGCUCUUAUCAACAUGGGCCUCACCCCCGAUGGGCUGCAGUUCAGCAUGUGCCUGCUCGACCGCUGGGACUACAUGAUGGCAGUCGCUGAGUUCCUGUUUCUUCUGUGGGGAGUGUACCUCUGCUAUGCUGUCCGGACCGUACCGUCAGCCUUCCAUGAACCACGCUACAUGACUGUUGCCAUAUACAAUGAACUCCUCAUAUCGGCAAUAUUCCACACCAUUAAGUUCACUCUGGCCCCUCUGUGGCACCCAGACUGGAUGCUCAUGCUGGUCUUCGCUCACACACACCUCACCGUGACUGUGACUUUGGGGCUUCUGCUUGUUCCAAAGUUUCUGUCCACAGGGACUCAGGCAAGGGAUGACAUUGCCACUGAAGCCUAUGAGGAGGAGCUGGACAUGGGCCGGUCUGGGUCCUACCUCAACAGCAGCAUCACCUCAGCCUGGAGUGAGCACAGCCUGGACCCUGAGGACAUACGUGAUGAGCUAAAGAAGCUCUACGUCCAACUGGAGGUCUACAAGCGCAAGAAGAUGUUGGCCAACAACCCCCAUCUCCAGAAGAAGCGCAGCUCCAAGAAGGGCCUGGGCCGCUCCCUCAUGAGGCGCAUCACUGAGAUCCCAGAGACUAUGCACCGGCACGGCAGCCAUGGCAGUCGUGAGGAUCGUGACUGUAGUGAGCAUGGGAGCAACCGGAGCACCCUUCGUCGGAACCCCUUUGACCCAUCCCACUCUGGUCACAAGUCCAGGGAAGACUCUCUGAAAAACAAGGUCCUUGGCCUGAAGAAAUCGCGCAGCUACGACCACGUCUGUGACCAAGGGGAGGAAACUGCUGGCGGAGAGAGCUCGUGUGGGGACAAAAUCGCUGCCGCUGAGGGUUCCUUGCUUGGAUCCCUCAUGAGGAGACAGGUUAAGAAGUCACCAGAGCAUGCCCCAAGGGUUGAACCUUCCGAGUCCACUGAGUCAGUGCCCUUGGUCUGCAAGUCAGCCAGCGCGCACAACUUUACAGUGGAUAAAAAGCCCAUCCACCUGAGGACGUCCAUCAUGCAGAAGUCACUGAGUGUCAUAACCAGUGCCAAAGAGAAGAUGCCCGGGCUCACCAGCAAGACACAUUGCGUGGAGGAAGCAAGCAAGAAGGGACUCAAGGGCUGCGAUGGGAGGAUGCUGUCUGAGGUGGACGAGGCGGAAGAGAAGGAGUGUUAUCCCAAGAUGAUAAUCAGCCAGUCGGUGGAGUACUCCAAGACGCCCAUGGGCAAGAUGGGCAUCAUGAAGCAGCAGGUGAGUGGCAGCCAGCCGUCCAUCAAUACAGAGCCAGGGAGAAACCUGUAUGACCUUUCCGAGGUGUGCCCUUGGGAUGUAGAGGACCCCCCAACCCCCUCUGAAGGAAGGUCACAGAAGCAUGUGUCCAUUGCUCUGGGAGAGACCACUACGGUCCACAGGGGGGGUGGUGGUGGCGCGGUUAGCACCAAGGGCAGUCGCUCCCAACAGAAGCAACAGGGAGCCGCAGGGCAAUCACCUGCAGGCCGACGUCGCUCCAAAGGUAAGGGGAGUGAACCAGACGAGGCCAGAGAAACAAGGAAGCCCAGGUCUCCCAGAUCUCCGCUCCCCCUCAAACCAGAGGUGUGCCCCUGGGCCUUUGAGGAGCAGCCGGUGUUGGGAGGUGAUUCAGACUCCAUCUCCCCAGAGAGGAUCAGAAGUAAGAAGAGUGUUACACCCACCGAUGGGAAGCCCAAGAUCCUCCACUCAGACUACUCCAAAUCCACGGGGAGUCUGCUGCAGCCGCCCACCUUGAUGGUGGACAUCUGUCCCUGGGAAUACAAUGAAUCCCCUGCCCCGCCCUCCCCCAGCCAGGAGAAGAACUGCUCCAGCCCCACGCCUCACUCGAAGCGGAAACGAAAAGGCUCAUGCUCCUACAAAGAGAGGGGUGAGAGAGAGAAAGGAGGGAGGGACAGGGAGGAAGAGAAGCAGCACAGGUCAAAGAGCAAGGAGAGGAGGAGCUCCUCCAGCAAGCCCCCGGAAAGACGACGUGUCAGCCAAUCCUCGGAGGGCGGUUCGGUCACCGUGCCUGCGUCUGGGAGACGGAAAAGCUCGACAAGAGACCCGGAGGCGUCGGAGAACAAGAGAGUGGAGGCAUGCCCGUGGGAGGUAGAGAACGCGCCAACCAACAUGGCACAGACAAAAACUUCUCCAGCGAAAGAAAACUCUUUGAGUUCUAAUUAUAAACAACCCAUGAGCACUGCCAAAAAGGUUGACGUUUGUCCGUGGGAUUUUGAAGACAAUGGGUCAGAGAAAAGUGCAUGAUAUUUGACAUAAUGGACUUUAUAUGUUUUGUAAUCACUGCACAAAAGCCCUGAAAACUGGGUUUUAAAGAUAGGGGAAGUGUGGGGAAAAAAACAAUGCACAAUUUGCCUUGUGGUUAUGUCAAAAUCAUAUUGUGAAGAAAAACAUGACACUACCGUCUCUUAAAGCAUUCCAAACAAAGUAUUUGUUGUUUUGUUAGUUGUGCAAUUAUGCAACUUAAAGUCACUUUUCUGAAAUGUAGAGGAAUGUGUUGUCGGUACUAUUUGCUGGUAGAUUUUCUCAGUUUGCAUUUGUGCACGUUUUUUCACAUUCUUCAAUACAUUCAAUUGUGUCCUAAGAGUUCUCUUUGGCCUGUAUCCUGCAUCUGUGCCAUUUUUGUCAAGUAAUGGUUGGAGUAUGAGUUCAGAAUGUUGGUCAAUGGGAAGUACAUCAUGUAAUUUCUAUAUUAAGCACAGUGCACAUGCCUUAAUUUUGGGCCUUAUAGAUUAUACAAAGGAUAUGCAUUUUGAGUGUUGAGCAGGAGAAAUAGGUACAUAGGUGAACCGUACAUAGUUAACAUUUAGUACAUAGGUAGCAACAUGAUGAUACAUGCCGUGAAAGCAAAGUAUCUCACCUGGUCUCCAUUUAGUCAAACAUGCUUUAUGUCUGUAAAAAAAAGCAGAAGUCUAUCUUUGAUGUAUUCAUUUCUCAAAAAAACUGCUGUAGCAUGUGGCAAAGCACUUCCAAAAGUGUAUUUAUGUCCAUUUGUCAACUUACAUCCAAAACAUUUGGUAAUGACGAUGUAAUACUUGAUGUUGCCUACUAUAAUUCAAUGUUCAAGUUCAAAGUUAAAAUACAACUUAAAACAUAAAGCUUUCAAGAAUGUUUCUAUGUGCAUUCAUCUGAAAAUAUGAUAUGGAAAAAAUAUUGAAGCAGUAUUUUAAUCCCAAAGGUUCCCCCCUCUUAUACAAUGUUGACAUUAAUUUACAUAUGUUAAUUUUAGGUGAAUCAUUAACAGGUUUUGUCUUGUACUUUUCCCAAACAUUUUUAUUUUAAGGUUUAUGUAUAAUCACUUCAGUGCUCUCUUAUGGACCAAAAGCAAAGAGAAGUCAGAUGGAUUAUACAGCAUAUUUGACUUUUGCUUGCUUUCCAAAAUCCAUGCAAUUGCUUGAUAACACCUUAUAGUUUUUCACCUAAAAUCAAAUGCUAUGACAUUGAUUGUCAAAAUAGUGUCACCAUAGAUUCCACACGGGUAGGUGUGUGUGUGUGCAUUAUUGCAUGUGUGCGUGGGUGUGUACAGCGUGUGUGCAUUAUUGCAUUUGUGUGUGGGUGUACAGCGUGUGUGUGUCUGCAUCAUAGCAUUGCAUGAAAGAACUUUGCCACUUUAGCAUUAUUACCGAUUCCCUCUUCCUUUAUUUAUAUGGCCUUUGUAACAGUUUAGUGGUGGUGAUUUGAUCUACUCCACUAGUAACUAGUAACUCUUGUUGUUGAAUGUUGUCAAAGACAUAAGGGUCAUGUUCAUUAUUAAAAUGGAAAACUUUCGCAAUGGAAAGAAACAUUUCUUAUUGGACAAGUUCGGUUUAUUUCCUCCCUGUUUGUCUGUUUUCCUCCAUUUGGUAUCCUAGUGAAUAAGAUCUAGGUAAUCAGGAACACGAUGAUGCUGUAUGAAUGCUACAGUGGCUUCUGCAUGACACUAAACAUAUUGGCCCAGCGUCUCACUGCUCUUCGCAAACCCUGCUCCAUCAGACUGUUAUGACUUGUUUGUUAAGUGAACUUGUACCACUAUUGUAUGCUUGCAAUAAAUAUUCAUAUAAAACUCAA